CCGGCGGGCGGUUAGCGCUCCGUUCCACGCAGGGAGGGGCGGCAGGCCGGGCGCUGCACGGCGUCGGCCGACGCGGGCGGCGGUGGCGGCAGCGGCGGCCGGGCUUUCGGGUUUUCUGCCCCAGGCCGGAGCCAGUCGGUUCCCCGGCGGAGAGACGGGCAGUCGGGCUCCCUGGCCCCGGGCCCCCCCCGGCUGGGGUGGCUGGGGCAAGGGGACGAUGUCUGCUCGCGCUGCGGUGCCCGCCGCUCACUCUCGGGAGGAGCCAUCCGCGGUGGCUGCCGAGAAGGAGUCGCUGUUGGUAACGGCGAGUCGGCAGGCCGAGCAGCUGUCCCCGCCCGAGCGGGAGGGCAAGUUGGCGGCGAGUAAAGAGAGGGCCGCGACAGCCAUCAUCGCGGGUGCGCGGGGAGAGCCGUCGCCGGCGCUGGUGCUGGGGCACAGUGUGCCCCAGGCGGCCGUGCCCGUGAGACCCCUGGCGCUGCACCUGGCGCACAGGGCGCGCGGGCCCGGGGGCCCCUUCGGCGGGGAACCCCCGCCACCCCUGCCGAGGGACCCGCCGGCCGAGGACGCCCUGGAGGAUGCGGCGGCGACCGGCCCUAAGGAAAAGCUGCAGCCGCCGCCGCCGCCGCCGCCUAAGGAGAACCCCUGGACCAAAAAGCCUCCUCAGCACCUGCCCCCUGUCGGGACGGGACCGGCGCCGUCCCCACUGGAAACCCUGGAGGCAGAGCUCAGUUCCCCCAAAAUUAUAAAAGCAGGAAAACUCAAGACAAAGAAAUUCAACAAGGCUAGUGAUUUCAGCGAUAUGGCGAAUUGGCCAACACCAAGUGAAUUAGUGAACACUGGAUGCCAGAGUGUCAUCAGCCAAGGAAAUAAGAAGCCACAAAAUAGAAAAGAAAGAGAAGACAAGGUUGAAAAGAGAAUUAACAGUGAGAGCAAAGAAAGCCGGGAAACAAAAUUAGAUGGUCCUGGUGAAAAUGCCAGUGAGGAUGAGACUCCGUCAAGUAAUCAACGAAAGAGAGCUAAUAAGCACAAGUGGGUACCACUCCACUUAGAUGAUAUAAGACCAGACAGUCAAGAAAGACCAGGAUCCCGGAACAGCUCAAGAUGUCAACCCGAAACAAAUAAAUCAUCACAUAAUAAUAGGAGAAAUGAUACACGAAGUUGGAGGCGUGAUAGAGAAAAGAGAGACGAUCAAGAUGAAGUUUCCAGUGUGAGAAGUGAGGGUGGUAAUAUCCGAGGUUCCUUUAGAGGUCGAGGAAGAGGCCGAGGACGGGGAAGAGGACGAGGCAGAGGAAAUCCUCGAUUGAACUUCGAUUAUUCGUAUGGCUAUCGAGAACAUGGUGAAAGGACUGAUCAGCCAUUUCAAACAGAACUUAAUACCAGUAUGAUGUAUUACUAUGAUGAUGGUACAGGUGUGCAGGUGUAUCCUGUGGAAGAAGCAUUGCUUAAAGAGUAUAUUAAACGCCAAAUUGAGUAUUACUUCAGUAUAGAAAAUUUAGAACGGGACUUCUUUCUUAGAAGAAAGAUGGAUAAACAAGGUUUCUUGCCUAUUUCCCUGAUUGCUGGUUUCCACCGUGUUCAGGCUCUCACUACAAACCUUAAUCUCAUUUUAGAGGCACUGAAAGAUAGCACAGAAGUGGAAAUUGUGGAUGAGAAAAUGAGAAAAAAGAUAGAACCAGAAAAAUGGCCAAUUCCGGGCCCUCCUCCACGUAGUGUGCCACAAACAGACUUCUCUCAACUGAUUGAUUGCCCAGAGUUUGUACCAGGCCAAGCCUUUUGUUCACAUACAGAGUCUGCCCCAAAUUCUCCAAGAACUGGAAGUCCACUGAACCCAAAGAAAAAUACUGAAACAAGUAAUCUUCAAGCAAUGUCUAGAGGUUUGUCUACAAGUUUGCCUGACUUGGACUCAGAACCUUGGGUAGAAGUUAAAAAGAGACAUCGUCCAUCUCCAGUGAAAUUGAAGGAAUCAUCAUCUCUACCUGAAGAGGCAUCAGAUCAGCUGUAUCCUUCAGAUGAACAAGAGCAAGAAGAACUUGAUUUUUUAUUUGAUGAAGAGAUAGAACAAAUAGGACGAAAAAACACAUUUACUGAUUGGUCUGAUAAUGAUUCAGAUUAUGAAAUUGAUGACCAGGAUUUAAACAAGAUUUUGAUUGUAACUCAGACACCACCUUACAUGAGAAAACAUCCUGGAGGAGAUCGAACAGGCAACCACAUGUCUCGGGCAAAAAUUACAUCUGAACUUGCUAAAGUCAUUAAUGAUGGCUUAUAUUACUAUGAACAGGAUCUAUGGGUGGAGGAAGAUGAAAACAAACACACAGCCAUAAAGGUAGUGAGAGGAACUUCAACUGUGGUGAAGUCUUUGGUAUAUAGCUGGAAAUGGUGUACAAAUCACCAAGAGAUACCACAUCAUCACCUGGCAGACAUCAUAUGGGCAUCAUAUUGACUUGGCAAGAAGAGAGUCAUCUAAAUUUUCCCUCACUACCAGUUGAGCUGUUUCUUUUCUCACUAGUGAAGAACACCAAGUUGAGAACCUUUCUGGCAAAACUGAGGCCUGUUCCUGACCAAGAAUCAACUUGUGUGCAAGUUCACUGAGUACAGUUUUGGACUAAAAACUUCUAUGAAUCUCAGAUGGGGGUCAUUCUUUUCUACCUCAUAGGGUUGUAGAGACUUGGAAACCAUAAAGACUGGGCAUGUGGGAGAAAGAACAAAGACCAUAUUAUAGUUGUGUGGGACCAGUAAUAAUUAAUGAUACCAGUGCAGGAGAGACCAGGAGUUUAAAGAAUCAGAAGCUUCAGGCUUUACAUAGAAAUUGUGACUGAUUCAAAGUAUAGUCUGUGGAGUUCUUCCUGGGUGCCACAAUGUUAGACAUUUCCAUGAUUAAUCCUUUUGUGUAUUUUUUUUUUUUUUAAGAUUUUAUUUAUUUGCAAGAGAGAGAAUGAGAGACAGAGAGCAUGAGAGGGAGGAGGGUCAGAGGGAGAAGCAGACUCCCCGCCGAACAGGGAGCCCGAUGUGGGACUCAAUCCCGGGACUCCAGGAUCAUGACCUGAGCCGAAGGCAGUCGCUUAACCAACUGAGCCACCCAGGCGCCCAAUCCUUUUGUGUAUUUUAAAAUGUAAAAUUCCUUUUUUUUUUUUUUUUUUUUUUUGAGAUUUUAUUUAUUAGAGAGAGAGUACAAGCAGGGAGAGGGAGAUGCAGGCUCCCUGCUGAGCAAGGAGCCGGAUGUGGGACUCUGGCAGGACCCUGAGAUCAUGACCUGAGCCAAAGGCAGAUUCUUAACAGACUGAGCCACCCAAGUGCCCUAAAAUGUGAAAUUCUUAAUUCUUCCUUCUAAUACCUUAGUCUGAAAGAUUCUCAGAUCACUUUACUCUCAUGUACAACAUGAGGCCCCAAAUCAAGUGUAGUCACGCACUUUAGAAAUGUUUUGAGGGGUGCCUGGCUGGCUCUGUUGGUAGAGCAUGUGACGCUCUCGGGGUUGUGAGUUUGAGCCCCAUGCUGGGUGUAGAGAUUACUUAAAAAUAAAAUCUUGAAAUUUUUUUGAAAAAUGUUUUGAAUUGACUUCCUGCUGGAGAGACAGCUGAAUCAGGAGACCUGAUUUCAGGUUUUGCCCCAUUGUUUAAAUUCCAGCCAUAAUCCCUUGCAUAUGUUAGUGUCUUAUCUUGACAUACAUACUUCAAAUAUGGUAGCUUCAUAAGAAAUUAACUCUUUGCCAGGGAUUCAGUCAUUAACAUAUAUUUGAGUGCCUGAUGGUGCUGGGAACUGGGAAUGUAGUAGUGAACAUGACUGACUACUGAAAAUACAAUCUUUUAGUAAUUUAUGAUGAUGGUGUCAUUGGGAGUAGGGUGGGUGGAUGGAGAUAAUUAGACCAGAAAAUCUUUGCAAUAGAUAAGUACCAUAAUUGACCAUUGAAUUUAGUUAUAAGCCUCUUCAUAAACAGGAAAGAAGAAACUUGCUGAGUUACCUCAGUGGAACAGUUGGGGGAAAAGUCUGAAGAAAUGACUAGUGGAAAUAUGAGUAUAAUACAUUCAAAUGUAUGUGAGUAUUAAAUAUUAUAUUGAAUAAUACAAGUAUUGAACUUUGGUAUAAAGUAUUGGAGAAAUAGUACCUAAAGGGACAUAAGCAGUCAGAGAUUGUGGUGUGUGUGUGUGUUUGUAUAUUUUUAAAGAAUGGAAAAUACUGGAACAUUUACAGGUGACAGGAAUGGUUGAGUAGAAAGGGAGAGUUGAAAAUACAGAAGGGAGUAGAAAAAUGGGGCUAAGUUCUCAGAGACAGGAAGGGAUUCAGAACAUGUGGAGCAGGGUUUGUCAGCCUCAGUACUACUGACAUUUUGAAUCAGGUAAUUCUUUGUUGGGACUGUCUUGCAACAUUGGAUGGUUAGCAUUAUCCCUGACCUCUACCCUUCAGAUGCCAGUAGCACCCUACCCUUUAGGGGAGUUGUGAGCAAAAUCACCUCUAGUUGAGAAGCAUUUAUAUAGAAGUGUAUUGGCCUUCAAAGUGAUCCUGUCUUUAUCUGGAGAGAAGUAGAACAUGGGUGUGGGAGAGCUUGUAGAUUUGGUGGUGGAAAUAUGAGGGAGUGAGUUCCUUCUCAUGAUUUAACCUUUCUCAGUGAACUGGGUCAAGGUUAUGGGGCUGGUGAAAGUGUCGAGAGUGAUGAAGAUAAAAAGUCAUUUUUGUAGAAUGAGAGACUAGCGUUCUUAGAAAAAUCGAAGAUUCCUAGUGAGCAGUGGGAGAAUAGAGGCUACUUCUUUUGGAGGAAGUUUUACUGUAGAGGCUUUAGACCAGAGAGACCAGACAGAGGAAAAUGGAGGAUAGUACUGAGAUUAUUACUGACUGAUUUCUAAAACCGAUGGAUCAAAGACUAUCUAGAUCUUACUUGAUCUUGAACAUUUAUUUGGCUUUCCCAUUAGUCAAUUUUUUUUUUUUGCUUUUCCUCCUACUUCUAAAGCCACUCUUUUUCAGUUCGAUUUACAUGCUUCUCUUUUUCCUUAAAUGCCGGCGAUUCCUAGGCUUAUGACUUAAGACUCAACUAUUCUCCCUAGGCCGUCUUUCUACUCAGGGCUUCAUUUGUGGCUGUUGUUUUUAAUCCCAACUCUUUUAUGUCUAGGCUAGAUUUUGAUCCUAAAUUUCAGGUACAGUGUAUCUAGGUGUUUCCUGGGACAUUUCAUCAUAUUUGUCCUAGAGGCCUUUAAAAAUCAACAUGCCCCAAACAAUUUAUUAUUUCAUAAUUCAACCCCCCACCCACCCCCAGCUCCUUUUCCUCUCCAAACAAAACAAAAAACUCUACAUUGCUCUAUGAUUCUUAUCUUGAUAAUUGGCUCUAUGAUCCCUGAACAUUGUCAUGGGUAUAGCCCUCUUGCCUCACAUUAGUCAGUAAGCCUCAUUUGUACUCUCAUAUUUCAUGAAUUCUUCCAUAUCUCUCUUUCUACUUUUCCACCCUUAUUGCUCCUCUCUUUGUACAUUGAAAUACUUAGUUUCCCAAAGAUACUCUUCUUAUCUCUGAGCUUUUCCAUAUGUUUCUUCAAAGUCUUCAAAUGCUCUUGCCCAUCAUCUUUGUUAGACAAACUCCUAUUCAUAUUUCAGACUUGAUUGGACAUCAGCUUCUUUGAGCAUCCUUUCCUGGUUUCCACUUCCUGCUCUUUCCACAGCACCUUAUAUAAACCUCUGGUAUAGCAAAAUACAAGUGAAGGAGGUUGAUUCAAGUGUUCUGUAUAUGAUUAUAUGUAAGGGUAAGUUCCCAGAUGAUCCUUCUGUGGAGAAUAAGUAAAAAUCCUAGAUAAAAUUAUUGAAAAAAUUUACAAAAAAUAAGGUAUACUCACUAAUUCCACAGAUUAAAGUGAGAAUCUAGAGAAAGAAACUGAGUUCAAGGACAGGUGUUUACUCUGAAGACAUGUACUAAAUAAGGUGAACUUCAUUUUGAAAUUCAUAGCCUUAUGAACAUGGUACAGGAGAUAAACCCUAGGAUCCACCCAAGUGAGGAAGUAAAAUAGGAGACGAGGCUAUAUCUUCAGUGUGACAGUGAACUAGAAAUGAACUCACCAUUCAUUUGAGUCAUAAAGAAACUAAGAAAAAUUGCAUACCCGGGUCUUGGUUCUGAAUGGAGGCAGGUGGAAAGUGCUCUGAGAAGUAACUAUGUGCUGGUAGUCAUUUAUGGAUAUUCAGUUGAAAUUCAUAAUAUAUUUUAUUAGUCUGAAAAAAGUUAAAACUGACAAUAUAAAGUAAUUCUGGGCUGUUAAUAAUCACAGGUGCGUGGCAUAAGCAAACCAUAUCAUCUUUGGAGGAACUGAGGAUGGCAGACUCUUCUGUAUCAGGCUGGAUAGUAAAUAUUUUUGACUUUACCAAAUAUUUUGGCCCAUUAGUUGUAGAUUGCUUCCCAGACUGACUUCAUUCCAAGCCUCAAAAUAGUUCGAUAAAAUAUUUUCUGAAGAAAAUAAGUAGCUCUGAGAAAAAAAUUAUUAAACACUCACUGAAAUAAGAUACCAAGUGCAUUCUACAGCUGAAAUGACAGCAGAAAGAAACUCACAGAUAAUUUGAAUGUUGGAAUUACCCAGUCACAGAAUAGCAGCCAUAGUAUAUAAAAUAAAUGUUUUACAUAGUUCAAUUAAUAAAUGAUGAAGUUCAAAGUAUGAGAAUGGGAAAAUAAAAAGGAGAUUUGAAAAAAAUGAAUGGAAUUUCCUAUAAGUGAAUAUUCAUGUAAAAUUAAGAAUUCAUAGUUGGAUUUAAUAGGUGAGACAAAGCUGACAAGACACUGAGAAUUAGUAAGUUGGAAGAGAGGUUGGCAGAAAUUACCCACAAUGAAACAGUGUGAGAGGGAAAUUAUGAAAGACAUUCAGGAAUUGGAGUUAGAAAAUCCAAUGUACAGAUCUAACUAUAGUUCCAGAAAGAGCAGGGAGAAAGGGGGGGCUGAGGCAAUAUAUGAAGAUAUAGGGCUAAGAAUUUUCUAGAACUCAUGGAAUAUAAGUUUAAUAAAUUGAAUUUAUUUCAGAAUCAGGCUAAUUUAGCCUUAGGAUACCAGUUUGCCACAUAGAGAAAAGAGAAAAAUAGAGGUUAUAAGAGAAAAAAUAUAAACUUAAUAGAUGUAGCAGUAGCAUUUGAUAAGCUUAUAUGUAUUUAGGAUUUAGAAAAAAGAAUUCACAAAAUAGAUGUAAGUUUCUAUAACCCAAAUAAAAAUAUCUGCACAGGAACCUGCAUUUAACAUUAUACAUAAUGGUAAAAAAUUUAAAGCAUUCAUUUAAAGAAUAGGAUGAAGUUAAUAGCUAUUUUAUUUUUUUAAAGAUUUUAAUAGCUAUUUUAGAAAUCCUAGAAAUUUAAAGAUUACUAGAAUUAUUAGUCUGCAGCAAGAUUCCUAGAUAUAAAGAUCAAUAAAUCUCUUUGCAUUUUUUCUAGCAACCAGAAAAAUGAAAAUUAAAAAAAAAAAGCUGUUUAUAAUAGCAGCAAGAAGUAAGAAGCAGGGGUGCCUGGGUGGCUCAGACGGUUGAGUGUCUGCCUUUGGUUCAGGUCACAAUCUUUAGGUCCUGGGACCGGGCCUAGCAUCAGGCUCCCAGCUCAGCAGGGAGUCUGCUUCUCCCUCUCCCUCUGCCCCUCCCCCUGAUUGUGCUCUGUCUGUCUCUCUCUCAAAUGAAUAAAAAUCUUAAAGAGGUAAGAAGUAACUAGGAUAAUUGUAACAAAAUAUGUGCAAGAUUUUUGUGGCAAGCAUUAUAAACUUUAUUAAAAAGAUGUUAAGAGCUAUAAAUAGAGAUGCUAUCUUCACAGACUGCAAGAAUUAACAUUGUAGAAAUGGUCCUCAACAUCUUGAUAUAUAUAUUCAUUGCAGUCCCCCAAGUUUUUCCCCUCAUUCUUUCCUUUACUCCCUUCCUAUUAGGAGGAGCUGAUUCCAAAAUUUAUAUGCAAGUGCAAAAUGUUAAAAGUAGCAAAGAUACUUUUAGGUCACCUGGGUGGCUCAGUCUGUUAGGUGUCUGACUCUUGAUUUUGGAUGGGGUCAUGAUCUCAGGUUUGUGGGAUUGAGCCCCACAUCAUGCUCUGCGCUGGGCGUGGAGCCUGCUUGGGAUUGUCUCUCUCCCUGUGUCCCCCUUUCCUGCCUACUCUCUCUCUCUCUCCCCCUCCCUCUGUAAAAAAAAAAAAAUAGCAAAAGACACUUUUUUUCUUUUUAAGAUUUUAUUUAUUUAUUUGACAGACAAGAGACACAGCGAGAGAGGGAACACAAGCAGGGGGACUGGGAGAGGGAGAAGCAGGCUUCCCGCCGAGCAGGGAGCCUGAUGUGGGGCUCGAUCCCAGGACCCUGGGAUCAUGAGCUGAGCUGAAGGCAGACACUUAACAACUGAGCCACCCAGGGGCCCACAAAGUCACUUUUAAAAGUGCAAAGUUGACUUGUCCUACCAGAUAUUAAGAUUUUUAAUAAAGCUCUAAUAAUUAAAAUAAUGAAAUGUUGGUAAUGCAUAUAUAGAUAAUUUGAGAGAAUAGAGAACCAGGAAUAUUUUACUUAUAUAUAGACACAGGAUGUAUGACACAGGUGGUUAUAUUACAGAGCAAUGGGGAAAGAAUGCACUACUUAAUAAUGAGUCAGUAAGAUACUUUUAUGGGGGAAAAAGUGAAAUUUGAACCCUGCCUCAAACUACAUUUACAUUACUUUUAAGUGGAUUAGAAACCUAAAUGUGAAAGACAAAACAAUAAACCUUUUCUGAGAAAAUAUCUUCCCCCUUGUGGGGGAAGGUGAAGGAAGGCUUUUUUCCAUAAAUAUACAAAGUUACUGAUGCAUUUUAUACCAUUAAAAAUAAGUAUAUUCAUAAGUGAUUAAUUUUGUAUGUUUGCAUUUAGCUGUGAAAUUUUUUCGUGUCAUAAUUUUCUUACUCCUGAUUAUGGCCUUUUCUUCCCACUCAAAGAAUUAACUUCAUGCUUGUUUAGUGAUAAUAAACUCCUUUAACUUUUGUCUGGGAAACUCUGUUCUUCUAUUCUGAAUCAUAACUUUGCUGGGUAGAGUGUUCUUGGUUGCAGAGUUUUUUCCUUUCAGUACUUUGAGUAUAUCAUGCCACUCUCUACUGGCCUGCAAAGUUUCUACUAAAAAAUCAGCUGAUAGCCUUACAGGGUUUCCAUUGUAUAUAACUUGUUUUCUCUUACUCCUUUUAAAAUUCUCUCUUGGGGCGCCUGGGUGGCUCAGUCGUUAAGCGUCUGCCUUCGGCUCAGGUCAUGAUCCCAGGGUCCUGGGAUCGAGCCCUGCAUCGGGCUCCCUGCUUGGCGGGAAGCCUGCUUCUCCCUCUCUCACUCCCCCUGCUUGUGUUCCUGCUGUUGCUAUCUCUCUCUGUCAAAUAAAUAAAUAAAAUCUUAAAAAAAAAAAAAUUCUCUCUUUAUCGCUACUUUUAUGCCAUUUUGCUUAUUGUGUCUUGGUAUAAACCUCUUUGGGUUAAUUUUGUUGGGUGCUCUCUCUGUUCUCUGGAUCUGGAUUUCUCUUUUUCCAGAUUAGGGAAGUUUUCAGCUGUUAUUUCGUUAAAUAAGUUUUCUGACCCUUCUUUUUGAUUUUUCUGGGAUUCCCAUAAUGAAAACGUUAUUACGCUUGAUGAUGUUACUGAGUUCCCUUAAUCUCUUCUCAUUUUUUAUAGUUUUUCCUUUUCCCUGUUCAGCUUAUUUGCUUUUCAUUACCCUGUCUUCCAGAUUGCUGAUUCGUUCGUCUGCCUCUUCUAAUCUGUCACUGAUUCCCUUUAGUGUAUUGAUUUUUAUUUCAGUGUAACCAGUAUGGAGGUUAAAGCACAAAGCAGUAAAUCCCAUUAUAUCUACAAAAAUCAGUCAAGGGAUGCAUGAAAUAAAAGGAUGUAAAGAAUGACAUCAUAUACAUAAAAUAUGAGUGAGGGGAUUAAAAAUUUAAUGCUUUUGGAAUGGGUUCAAGCUUAAGUGACCAUUAGUUUAACAUAAACUGCAAUAUGCAUAAGAUGUUAUAUAUGAAUCUAAGGUAACCACAAAAACCUAUAAUAGAUACAGAAAAAAUAAAGAGAAAAGAAUCCAAGCAAAGUCCUAAAGAAAGCUGUCAGACCACAAGGAUGAGAACAAGAGAAGAAAGGUACACGGAAAAACUACUAAAACAACCGUAAAACAAGUAACAAAAUGACAAUAAAUACAUACUUAUCAGUUAUUUAAAUAUAAAUGGACUAAAUGCUCCAAUCAGAAGAUAUAGGAUAACAGCCUAGUUUACAAAAAGAAGACCUAUCUAUACAUGACUUUGGAGACUGACUUCGGACCUAAAGAUGUGCUGAGUGAAAGUGAAGGGAUAGUAAAACAUUUAUCAUGCAAAUGAAAGUGAAAAGAAAGCUGGGGUAGCAAUAUAUAUUGUUGGGCAAAAUAGGCUUGAAAACAAAGACUAACGAGACAAAGAAGGACACUACAUAAUGGAGGGAACAAUCCAACGAGAUGAUAAAACGAUUGUAAAUAUUUAUGCAUCCAACAUGGAAGCACUUAAAUACAUAAAGCAAUUAUUAACAGAAAUAAAGGAAGAAAUUGACAGUAACACAAUAAUAGUAGCAGACUUUAACCCCCAUUUACAUCAAUGGAUAUUUCUUUCAGACAGAAAAUCAAGGAAAAGGUGGCUUUGAAUGACAUGUGGACCAAAUGGACCUAAUAGAUACAAUGUUCCAUCCAAAAAACAACAAAACACACAUUAUUUUUCCAAGAUUUUAUCUAUUGAGAGCACCUGCAUGAGCCAGCGGGGGGAAGGGGAGAGGGAGAGAGAGAAUCCCAAGCAUUCUGUCCUGAGCAUGGAGCUCGAUGUGGGGCUCAAUCCCAUAACCCAAGAUCAUGACCUGAGCCAAAGUCGAAUUGGGCGUUUAACCAACUGAGCCACCAAGGUGCCUCUAGAAUACACAUUCCCUAAGUGCAUGUGGAACAUUAUCCAGAAUAGAUAUAUUAGGUCAACAAAACAAGUCUCAAUAAAAUUUUAAAAUUGGAAACCAUCAUUUUCAACCAAACAGUAUGAAACUGGGUAUCAACCACAAGAAAAAGGUUGAGGGGUGCCUGGGUGGCUCAGUCGGUUAAGCAUCUGCUUUCAACUCAGGUCCUGAUCUCAAGGUCCUGGGAUUGAGCCCCAUGUUGUUGGGCUCCAUGCUUAGCAGGGAGCUUGCUUCUCCCUCUCCCUUGGCCUUCCCCCUGCUUGUGCUCUCACAUGAUCUCUCAAAUAAAAAAUAUCUUGGAGGGGCGCCUGGGUGGCUCAGUUGGUUAAGCGACUGCCUUUGGCUCGGGUCAUGAUCCCAGGGUCCUGGGAUCGAGCCCCGCAUUGGGCUCCCUGCUCAAGGGGGAGUCUGCUUCUCCCUCUCCCUCUGCCCCUGCUUGUGUUCCUUCUCUUGCUGUCUCUCUCUGUCAAUUAAAUAAAUAAAUCUUAAAAAAAAAAAAUCUUGGAAAGAACACAAAUACAUGGAGGCUAAAUAA